AUGCACUUAAUUUUGGAAGAAGAUAUGAACGAAAAAAAAGGAGCCUUGUGGCUUGGUGAUUAUACAGCUGCUUUAGACAAAGAUAUGCUUAAGUCAAAAGGAAUUAACACAGUGCUCACUACAGCUCAAGGUCUUACUAUUUAUUAUCCUUAGUCAUCUAAAAUUAUUCAUAGACAAUGGUUUAUGCUUGACCACCCAAGCUUUAACAUAUCGAGAUACUUUUAGGAUGUAAUUAUAGAAAUUGAGGAAGGUCUCCGAAGAGGUGGUGUCCUUGUUCAUUGCGCUGCAGGUGUUUCUAGAAGCGCGUCUUGUGUGAUAGCUUAUAUUAUGUAAAAGAAAUAAAUGACUUAUCCUACAGCCUUUAAUUUUGUUAAGAAGAAAAGAAGAGUUAUCUCUCCAAACCCUGGUUUUUUGAAAUAGCUUUAAUAAUUUGAUAAAUAACUUUCUUCAAAUUCCUCUAAAAGAAGAAUAAGUAUGUCUAGGAUUAACACAAAUACGGGCUAAACUAGUGCUGUAGGAUUUAGUUAUGUAGAUCCAUCAUUUAGUGAUGAAGCCUACAAUAACUAUCAAACUUCAUUCAAUAUGAACAACACUGUUGGUAAAAAUACUAAUCCUGUAAAAUAAAGUGAUGUAAACAAAAGAGAUGAGAAUAAUAAGACUACAGCCAUUAAAGAAGAAGAAAAGAGAUUACACAAUUUGACUAAGUAAAUUGCUGAUAUACCAAUAAAUAAACCUCUAAACCCAAGGAACUCAAUAUAGAAAAGUGUAGAUGAUAAAUAUUUGAAAAAUUCAAUGGAGAUCUUAAAAUCUAAAAGCCAUAAAUAUUUAAUAAAAAAAACUGAGGCAAAAGGAACAAUUAGGCUGAAUCGCAAUAAUUCUUUAGAGGCUAGUUAAUUUAUUAAUGUAUCGAAUAAGUUAGAAUAAACAGAACAAAAGUAUAAUCCUUAAAGUACCAAAUCUAACUCACCUUAAUCAAUAUUUGAUAUGCUUUAUAUAUAAUAACAGCUUAAAAAGAAAUUUUAAGCAAGGCCUCAGAAAACUAUGACCGUUUUAGCCUAGGUACAACCUUAGAAGUAAUAAAUGUUCAUAAGCCAGGCACAGAAAAAUUUAAGAAAAACAUUUAGCUAUUUAAACAAUCAAAAAGAAAAUUUGAUCUGA